AAGUGAAUUUGUGGAGCUUCCACAGCAAAGACAGCUAGGCAGAUAACCUCAGGGAGCUCCAAGAGGGCGGCGGUGACUGGCUAGCAUGAACAACUGCUCCCUCAGAUAGUCACCGCAUCGCGUAACAUUUCAUAUGGAUGCCAACGACCCAUGAGCUGACCUCAUAACCCGCUGCAGAAGACCUUUUUAGUGGACCCUAAACCUGCCUCCUGCAGUGGUCUCGACUCACUCCGGUUUAUCUCGUCGAGAUGUCGGCAUUCUCCGAGUCGGCUUUAGAGAAAAAAUUAUCCGAGCUUAGCAACUCCCAGCAAAGUGUGCAAACGUUGUCGCUGUGGCUCAUCCACCACAGAAAACACUCGAAGACAAUUGUCACGGUGUGGUUCAACGAACUGAAGAAAGCCCAGGUUUCACGCAAGCUGACCUUCCUUUACUUGGCCAACGACGUCAUUCAGAACAGCAAGAGAAAAGGACCGGAGUUCACCCAGGACUUCGCGCCGGUCAUCGUUGAAGCAUUCAAGCAUGUAAACAGGGAGGGCGAAGAGGGCUGCAAGAAACAACUGGGUCGGGUUUUAUCCAUCUGGCAGGAGAGAGCCGUGUAUGAGAACAACCUGCUGGAGCAGCUCUCACAGGUCCUCUAUGGAGAAAAGAAGCCCAAGAAAAGAUCCUAUGAGGAGAUCCACCCUGAUGAUGAGGGCUUCGCCUCCCGUAGCUCCCCGUCUGAUCCUCCACAGACGGCAGAGUUAAUUCGAGCCCUGCAGGAGCUCGAGAACGCGGCAUCUAGUGAUUCGGUGCUGCGUCAGCGCAUCUCCUCUCUUCCUGUCGAGGUCCAGGACACAUCACUCCUUCACAGGAUCACAGAUAAAGAAUCUGGCGAGCGGCUCUCCCGGUUGGUCGAGGAAGCCUGCAUGCUUUUAGCCGACUACAGCGGGCGCUUGGCCGCGGAGAUCGACGACAGGAGGCAGCUAACGCGCACACUGACUGCUUUCCUGCAGAGCCAGAAGGACGGCUUGGCCCAGAACGAGCAGAAACUUGAAGAAUACAAGAGGAAACUGUCGAGGGUGUCGCAGGUCCGGAAAGAGCUGCGAUUGCGCCUCAGUAACCUUUCAGAAGGACACCGAAACUCCAAAUGACCGCCGACUCGCCUUCUCACUGCCUGUCAAACAUCUUUGCGUUACUGAAGCAGCAUCUGUUCUCACCUGUCUCCACUGGACUAUUUAUCCAUGUCUCUUGAGCCUAAGUGUGUACAUCUCCAUGUACAAGCUCAUAUUUUUAACUUGAGGAUAAGCUAACAUUGUGUGACAAGAUGUUCAUGUAUUGGCCUCUGCAGUCUAACUUUUACAGCUUUAAAGUGGUGUGACUGGUGGGAUUUUUUUCGUAACCCAGGGUUAUGCACCAGAGUGUGAUCUAUGAGUUCCAGUAUUGGGAUCCUUUUGUAAAAUGCUUUUUAUUGUUUUGACACAUUCAUUUGCAUAGCUUUUUGUUAGAGAUCACUAUGGCAGUCACUCAAGCUGGAAUCACUGAUUUUAUGAAGUUUACUGAAGAAAACAGUAUAUUUUGAGAUUCUCAGAAGACAUUAGAAAUCCAGGUACUAUAAAGCAAACCAUGUGUGUUCACACUUUUCAUAAAGCCUGUUUGUAAAAAGAUGGUCUGAAAUCCUUGUUUAGUGUAUACACAUUUGCAUGUAAAAUUGGUGGAAAUCAUAAGUGUUUAUGGUUUGUAUUCAUCAAGAUGUAGAUACACUGCUGAAAAAAUAAAUAAAGGGAACACUCAAAUAACA